AUAUUUCAAAAAACCUAUCAUUUCAAUUUUCCGAAAUGCUCGCGAUGAGUAAACUUAUAUGUGCUCUACUGUUGCUCCCAGCAAUCGCUUGCCUCGAUUCAGGCUUCCAAAAGCUGACUGCCGAGGAAAAUGAGGAGAGGAAGAAGAUUUGUGGAGGAGACGGUGCCUGGGUGUACUAUGGAGACAAUAAUGAGCACGUCAUCGAUUUGAUUUCCGAAAAUCACUUCCUCGCGGAUGCCAAGAUAAUUGAGUCGAAAUACGAUCAGGCAGCGUGUAUUGAGAAUGAGAAUAUUGUGACUUCAAUGCUGGACACUACUGAAAACAUUUCAGCAGUUCUCCUGGGAGAAUGCCUAGAAAAACCGACUGGAUUAGUUCUUGCAGACUUCCAUUUGACCAACUGGGUAUACGAGAAUUAUGCGUGUAUUUUGGAUGAAUUCCUGUACAAAGGCGACAAGUUGUACGCGAGCAAGGAUGAUCGUGAGACACUGUUGUCUGGAUUUAUUACCAACUGCUCCUCACCAGUGGACAAGUCUACGUUCUGCUAUGCCGGUGUUCCUGAAGUAACCGGAAAUAUUCACUACCACGAGACGAACAAAUCCGUUAUAGCCGGGGUGAUUAGUAGAAGCAUUGAGAAUCGCCCCGAAUCUAAUAUGGAGGUGGUGGAGGUCACGUAUUUGCACAAGUACAUCAAAAUUCUGUGUGAAAUCGCAGGAAUUUGUGAAAAACAACCAACACCGGUGAAAGAAUACGCGGCCGACGAAACAACUACCACAACUCCUGAGCCAACAACGACAGUAGCAGAAACCACCCCAGCUCCAAUACCACCACAAAAGCCGACACCUGCUGCUCUCGGCCAGAAAGAGGAUUUGACAGGAUGUGGGACGGAUCGUUUGUGCUUUGAUGAGGAGAUGAAUGCAUCGGCUAGUUUCAAGAAGGUUGUGCUCAUUUUUGUACUUUUGAUGCUUUUCCGGUAGAUUCGAUUUAUUCGAUUUUAAUUCAAACUUCUGGACACGAAUGAAAAUGAUUAUUUUUUU